AACGCGGUUCACUUCCGCUGUCAAUGUAAGCAAACAGUUGCCUGCCUCAGCCUCAGCUUCGAGAUAUUUUCAAGUAGAUCUAAAUUAAAUUGAUGCAAAGUUUUCAUCAUGGCUCUCCACGAAUCAGAUAUAAUGGGAAACGCCAUUACAGACGACAGAAAAGGCUCUCUUACACUGAGAUCAGAUCAUAUGAAUUACUCUCGUGCAAUCUUGAAUUCUCAUUGGCAUCAAGCACGUCAAGCUGAACCAAAGGAUUAUGAUAUCAACAAGGAUCCCAUCCGGACAAUGACCUACUCCACAUACAAUAGAAUCGGCAAUGUCACUGAUGGGUCUCUCCCUGAUACUACAUAUCAAGAGCAAGCAAACCAAGUGUUUUUGAAACCUAUGUAUGAAGACAGAGACAGCCACAGAGGAAUGGUCCAGAUGGAGACCCUGGCCACAGCAAAUGCUGGGAUAGACAGAAACACAGGUGAUCCAAAGGAUGCAUAUGGAUCAGUACUCCCUUUCCACAACAAAGAUCACAAGAAGUUUCACCUAGAUACGACAUACAAUGCGGAUUAUAUUCCUCCAUUCCCCUACACAUCUAAAGAGGAAGAGGAAGCUCAGAGGAAGGCAUCUCUUCCACCCGGCUUUGAUCCUGACGACAAGUCUACCGCGUACAGGAAGAUGAAAUCCCAGUUCACAGACACCACCGAUUACCGCAGGAAUGGAUGGAACACGUGGCAGGACGAAAGUGGCAUUUAUGCCAACUCGGAGUACAAGAGUCAGGUGUUCCCUAAAACCACCACCAUACCGGAGAGAAUGGUGUAACCCCAUCUAAUAAACUUUAUGUCACUCUCCAUAUCUACAUUUUAGUCACCCCGGAAAUAAAACCAGUUUUGUAUGAAAUUUGUUCAGGUGCAUUGUGAUGACUGUGAUUACUGCUUUUAUAUUGAGUGAUCACUUCCUUGAUUAUGCAAGCAAUGCGCUGCGACUCUUGAGUCGAGUUCGAAACUUUUUCCAUUGUUAGAUACCAGGUAGGGCAUAUUAUUUACAUUAGAGGCACUGUAAAUUUCUGUUUAAUCAGGGUGAAUUGUACCAUUUUCAUUCUGCAAUUUAGAUAAGGGGAAAUGUUUUGAUAGCUUGGGUCACAUUUCUUUUUCUUUUGAUAUGGAUUUACUGUAGUCUUACAAGAAUAUCUCUUUGAAGGUUAAAUCCUUGUACUGGAGUCAAGGGCGCUGUAAAUGAGGUCUGAGACUUGUUGAUUUACACACAAUUUUUUUAACACUAAUAAAACAAAAAUGUUCUGUUUGUAAAAUAUAUUUUAAAUCUUGAACAUUUUUAUAUUCUGUCAUGUUCAUCAUGUUCUCCCAACAUGUAAGGCGAAGCCUAAUAAAAUGAUGUGGUCAUAAAGC